CAUACGUUCUGGAAUCUUCAUCGGCAUCUCAAGCGAAAGCCCGAUGAAGACAUCUUUCAGCAAAUUCUAUCGGUCGAUACGGGCGCCGCCAAGCGCGAGCCGCCCACGAUUGAGGUUAUUGAUCUAAAUACGCCCACCUUGGAGCAGCCGGAGCCGGAGCUGCGACUGUUUGACGGGACGACGGAGGCGGUGGAUGUCACAGAGCAAGCGCCGCAGGACAUGGAAGCAGCGGAUGCAGAAGCGGAAGCGGAGCGUUUGCGCACGGAACAGGAAAUCGAUACGAUUAUCGAUGAAAAGGUGCGCGAAUUGGAGCAACUGGAAUUGGAGCAGCAGAUGGCGGCGCCAGAGCCGCACCAGUUGACGGCCAACGACAAAAUCAACGAGUGGAUGAAGUCCAACGAGCUACAGGAACAGCCCCACGAGCCAAGCCCAAGUCCGGCUGAAGUCGAGGCUGACGACAGCGAUGCGACCGAGGCAACGGUCGAGACGCAGGUGGCCACCACGGAGGAGGACAAGACGCUGAACGAGCUGCUCGAGCAGGUGGCCGAGCUAGAUGAGAUCUACACGGACUUUGUGAUGCAGCGCGACACCUACAACAACACGCUACAGAACGAGCUGCAGAGCAUGGACCGGCCGCCCAUGCAGGUAGACGACAGCUUCGACGAUGCCGCCACCUACACAAGUCUGCAGAUCGCCUACAAGCAUCCAGUCGAUAUACCCAUGGAGGAUAUAAUGCCACCAACUCCGCCUAUGUCCCAGUGUGCGCCAGAAGAUGCGCAGCAUUACGAUGCAGUGGAGGUCAACUCGCAGCAGGAGAGGACUCAGGAGCCGCAGGAGCGGACUCAGGAGCGGAAGCAGCUGGAACUGGCGGCUGCCCAGCUACUUUCCGCCUCCGAGGAGGAGAAGUUGCCGCCGCUGCCGCCUAAGCGUUUGCGCAAGCAAGACAGUAAUGCCGAGAAUCGCUCCAUAGAGGCUAACAACGGGGAUGCGGCACCUCCAGCCGUGCGCGAAAAGGCACGUGGCCUGCCGCCGCCCAUAAUUCAUCCGCGCAUAUCCGAAUUGCCAACCGCGCCCACAAAACGCUUGCCACAGCCGCCGGAGACCAAGUCCAAAAGCAAAUCCACAACGAAUCCCAACUUCAAUACGCUGCCGCGGCAGAAGAAGCCCGGCUUCUUUUCGAAGCUGUUCUCGCGCCGCAAGAGUAAACCGGAGCUAAUGCAGCAGAGCAGUGAGAAUUGUUCCAAGGCAACCAGCGCAGCGGCUAGUCGGGAGCCCAGCCUGGAUAAUCUCAAUAUGCGCGAUCCGCUGCGUGCCUCGCAGCGCUCCUCCAAAUCGAAUCAAACAGCCAGCUCGGGUCCGUUGAAGUCGGGCGCGGCACGAAAGAUCGGUAAGGCUGGGAAGCCCUGCGGACGCAGCGUGAGCAGCGUGUCCGGCAAGCGACCCUCUUACCUAAAUGCGGACGUGGUGCACAUACCUCUAAAGGGCGACAGCACCAGCAGCCUGCAGCAGGCGCCGCACGAGGCCUACUCGAAUGCCAGCACGAUUACGGUGGGCGGCCAGUUGGAUAGACGCACUGCAUCCGCAUUGCAGCUGGCCGAGAUACCCAUCAGCGAGGGCGGCAUGGAGCUGGUGGCCAUUGCCGAUCGCCAGAGCCUGCACAAUUUGGUCAGCUCCAUUGAGGCGCACUUCAACGUGAAAAUGGAUCCCAAUCUCGAUCUCACCGAGGUCGAGCACUUUGCGCUCUAUACAAGUGUGCCGCCCCAGGCGACGGCCAGCGAAUUCGACGAGACAUCCGCCUACUAUGCCCAGGUGGAUGCCGGCGAGAUUCUAACACCUGACCAGGUGGCCAAACGCUUGGCGGCGGCAAAUGGCAAUUAAUUUUUGUUAUUGAAAUUGAAUAUUGAAUAUUGUAAUUUUUUGAUAGACCAGAAAACA